AAGACAGUGUUGAGAAAGGAUUCCUUGAGUUGUUAAACUUGUUGUGGGUGGCGUUAACUCAUUAGCUUUACUACCAUCAUCGUCAAUGUGUCAAAGCACACGCGAUUCCAUUUCUAAGGAUGUGUAUAUUUUCUAAAGUUAAACGGAGAUGAUUGAAUAAUCAUGUUUGGUCGGAGAAAUAUCAAACUGGGAGAAGAAAAAAUUAUGGCGGAAGAAAGGAAGAAGUUCUUCACCCUGGUAAAGAAGCUUCAUGUAUAUUACCGUGAUCAACUGAGUGCAGCACUCAUCUCCAUUAGCAAGUUUGAGAAAGGUAGGAAGUAUUUCAUCCGAGCUCUGAAGGUAAUCUUCCCGGUAAGCUAUGACGAUAUCCCGGUACUGACACUCCAGAACAUGGAAGACGAUCUUGCACUUUAUAAAGAGAAAAGUCCAGAGAACAGCGUGAUAGAUAACGCCGUUACCUGUGGAACCACUUCUGUAAGAUCCGCAACUGGACUAAGCCCUGAAGUAAUUGGAAAUCGACUAGAAUCGACACCUGUAAGAACCAGAGCAUCGUCUACAAGGAGGGAGGAUCCGGCUAUCAGCCAACACAAAGCUCACUGUCAAAUCAUUGAAACGUUCUUGAAAAAUAUCCACAACUUUCGACUUUUUCGGCAACAUGUCAAAAUGAACAUCGUCACGAAGCUUCAGAAAAUACCGAAUAAUGUUGUCGAAACCGAUAUGCAAAAGAGAGCGCUGGGUGAGAUAGAGGCCUUACUUGGUGCCUGGACUAUACUUCUGGACCGGAAUAACAACCUUGUCAGACUUGUCCAUCCGGAGGUCGGCGAGCAGGCCAAUAAGAUAUUUGAGACUGAACAAGAGAUGGCGUACUAUACGGGCAUACUAAGCGUACUGCCGAAACUUAAUGACAUUGCCAACAAAAUCGAAUUUGCUCUGACGAAAUAUGAAAUGAGUGCAGACAGAGUUUAAAAAUGCAACUGUGGGCUUUGUGACAACUAUUCACAAAGUAAUAAGGGUAUAUUUUGGGGCAAUUUUGAACUACUGUAAGUCUUACUUGUUUUCGUCUCAUUGCAUUUGGAAAAAUUGACGAGAAAUGUUAAGACCAUUUACUAUAUCGACGAACGGCCUCUUUGGUAAGCUUUUACUUACCUGAAGAACCAUUAUGGAAAAAAGUGGUCAAAGCAAAUAGCAGGCGGUCCGACGGCAGUACGUUAUGUCAACGCUACCUCCUUAAUAAGGUGAAGGACGAUUUGUCUCUAUGGAAUAAUGGAUGUUGUGCGCUCCAAACCUUUGAUCUUUGUAAAAAAAAACUUCAUAAGUGUGCCGCCUGUUAUUCUGAAAUAAAUAUUCAUAAAGGAAUUAAAAAGACACUUAGCUUUUGUUGUUAAUAAAAUUCCAAUUUGAUUGUGCCGUCGAAGUAACGAUUAAUUAAUAUUUUCAUAAUUAUUUUGAGGCAUAGGACGUCUACGUGAGAAUGUGCAUAGUUACAUAGGCUAAUUGUGCAUGAAUACAUUGUAGUUUGUCAUUCAAAACGAUAAAGAAAUUGUCGAAAAUUACUUAACUAUAAUAAAUUUGUUGGAAAACACUUGA